GGUCAUACACACACCACUUUUUAGUUUUGUGCGUGAAAAGUCGUUUGGUGAAGCCAUUUUCUACACUUUGGAUUGUAGUACCCUGGAAGAAACAUCAGUCAUUAUGGCUGGGAGAUUAUCAACUAGGAGAAGCACGGAUAGCUUGGAAGCUGAACGUCAGAAUUUCAUCAAACACCAGAAUAUCAGUGUCACCAAAGCCAUCAACACUGUUGAGGUGCCUGUCAAGGAGAAACAUGCAAGAAGUAUCAUCAUCGGUUCCUUCACUGACAAGGGUCUGUCAGUGUUCUGGGCCUCAGUGCUUAGACUUCCUCUCCAGGGGUCGGCCAUCUUGUGCUGGAAGUUCUGCCACACCCUACACAAAGUCAUCAGGGAUGGACAUGAAAACGUGGUGAAGGAUUCACAACAGCAUGCUGGAUACAUCUCGAGGACUGGAAGCUCAUGGAACAAUCGUCCUGAAGGGUACGGGAAGCUUGUCUACAGGUACUGUCAACUACUGGUCUUCAGACUCGAGUUCCAUAAAAAGCAUCCUUUAAUGCCAGGAGAUCUCAAGUUGCCGUCUCCAGAAAGUGACUUGGAGAAAAUGGCGCAGAAUGACAUCAACAACUUUUUCCAGAUGUCAGUUGAGAUAUUUGACCACCUGGAUGCCUUGAUAGCCCUACAAGAAGCAAUUUUUAGCACCUUCAACUUGGCUCGUAGUAUGUCCGUGGCUCCUGCAGGACAGUGUCGUCUUGCGCCUCUCAUUCAAGUUAUCUUAGACAGCGGUCUGCUCUAUGACUACAGUGUCAGACUUCUCUUCAAACUUCACGCCUGUUUGCCAGCAGACACACUUGAUGGUCAUCGAACACGUUUUGUCAAGCAGUUCCGAACCCUCAAGUCCUUCUUCCAAACCUCCAGCAAUCUUAUGUACUUCCGUAAUCUCAUUCAAGUGCCUAGCCUACCUGAUGAACCACCUAACUUUUUCUUGGCCGCCAAAAACAGCGACACAUACAUUGAUCCGGCCAUUAUCCUACAGACCAUGGAGAUGUCUACUGAUGGUUCACAGGGCAGGGAUAGCCCACCAUCAAGCGUUUUUUCAGAGCCGAUAUUUGAGGAGUUCCCUGCUCGCCAAUCAGAAGAGCAGUUAAAUUCUUCACUGCUUCUUGACUUCAGCUCCCCACAGCAGAACGGUCAGCAACCUCCUCAGCCACAACGAGACGAAAGGGACUGGCUGAUAGAGCAGCUUCAGCAAGAAAUAGAAGAGCUGAAGUUUGAACUAGACAGGACGCAACGUGAAGACCAACGGAUCAUCAACGACCUUAAAAGAAGAAUCAUGGAAUUAGAGACGGAGCUUAAUGAACACAGGACACUCAUUGAAAAUACAUACCAGGAAAAUGAAGAUUUGCAGACAAAAUUAAAAGAAGAGUCAGAGAAAGCACAACACCCGGCCAUCACUGCUGCUAUGGUGGAACAGUGCGAUGAAGCUGAUAGAAGAGCCAAAUCAUAUGAAGACAAAUUCAAGAAGAUGAAAGAUGUAUACAGCAAACUACGAGAGGAACAUGUCAACUUGCUGAGAACGAAUGCAGAUGUCAGCAGACAACUCACCACUGUUGUCAAGACAACAGAAGAGUCCCAACUAGCCAAGUUGAAUGCGGAGAAGUUUGUGGAGAAAUUACAGCAAUCCAUAGAUGCGAAAAGCUCAUCGGAAGAGAAACUCAAGGCAGACUUGGCUGCCCGACAGAAACGCAUACUCGUGGGAGCUAUAGAGGAAGCUGAGCAGAUAAUUCAGCAGGUGUUGGCUCAGCUUGAUGAUCCAGCUUAUUCAACAGCAACAUGUACUGCAGAAUACCUACUUAGCCGGACUGACAGGGUCGACCAAUCACUGAACAAUCUACACAAGACCUUCCAAGGUUACACACAAGACAAGAACGAGCUUAGUCCAUUAGUUCGUCAUGUCUCGUCCUUUUCUUGCAUCAUCGGAGAAUAUAUCCUUCAAGCCAAAGCAACCUCCAACAUGGCAGCAAUCAGCUACAGUGAAGGUCUGUCCAGUGCCUGUAAGUCGGCAUGUGGCACCUCCCUAGCUCUCCUUGAUGCAUUGAAGGAUGACACAAACACAGGCAAAGUAGAUUCCAACAAGCAGACAGUCGACCAAUCCCUCAAAGAAAUCAAAAGAAUUGCUCAGGAGUUAUUGCCCGGAGAGGCAGAUGUCCAAGAGGAGCUUGGUGACCUGGUAGACCAAGAGAUGCAGUCCACAACGGAUGCCAUUGAUAAGGCUGCUUUAAGGAUCGCAGACAUGUUGCAGAAGUCCCGCCAAGCCGACACUGGUAUCAAACUGGAGGUGAAUGAGAAGAUCUUAGAUUCCUGUAAUGACUUGAUGAACAGCAUUAAGAUGCUGAUUGAGAAGUCCAAGACACUGCAGAGAGAGAUCGUUGCUGAUGGAAGGGGUACAGCGUCUGCCGGUGAGUUCUAUAAGAGACAUCAUAGGUGGACAGAGGGACUCAUCUCAGCUGCUAAACUUGUUGGAGUUGGCGCCACACAUCUUGUCGAUGCAUCAGAUAAAUUGAUUCAAGGAAAGGGUAAAUAUGAAGAGCUUGAGGUGUGCUCCCAUGAGAUCGCUGCCUGUACAGCCCAGCUUGUUGUCGCUAGUAAAGUCAAAGCAAGUAAAGACAGUGAGAACCUGAAAGGGUUGCAAACUGCAUCUCGGGGCGUGGCUACAUCGACGGCGCAGGUGGUAGCAUCGGCAAAGACGGGGGCACAGCUCAUUGUUGAAGGAGAUGUGAAUGAUUUCACCAAGCUGUCCCUGACUCAGACCAAACGUUAUGAGAUGGACGCCCAAGUUGCAGUCCUUGAGUUGGAGAGUAAACUACAGAAAGAGCGAGUCAAACUCGCACAGCUGAGGAAACGACACUAUCAGCUCGCUGGAGCUUCAGAAGGCUGGGAUGAGGAGCAAAUAGCUAGUGUCUAACAAUAACAGGACCCAGAAGGAUUUUACAACGAGCCAAUCACACCACAGUAAAUCUGGAGCAGCCAAUCGCAGCAGGCCAAAUACACAAUAACAAAA